AUGUGGUGGAUAUGGAGCCGGGACUUUAGGUACUGGGCCAGUCGAGGCAUACCUGGUCCCACACCUAUACCAAUAUUUGUACCACACCUGCACCUGGAGGUGAACUGGUACAGUAAAUAUGGCAAAAUGUACGGCUACUACCGGGGCCAUCGCCCGGUGCUCACGGUUGCCGAGCCCGAGCUCAUCAAAUCCAUACUAAUCCGCGACUUUAACUCGUUUACUGACCGUAACGUCGGUCAACCCAUAGACCCCACAAUGGCCUCCAAUAUAGGCCAGGCGUGUGGGGACGAGUGGCGCCGCCUGAGGCACAUAAUCAGUCCGGCCUUCACUACGGGACGUAUGAAACGCAUGUACCCGUCCAUCAGGCAAUGCAUACGCGACCUACAGACCCAUUUGGACGCCUGCGCUCAGGAUCGUAGACCAUUAAAUGUCAUGGAGAUGUUUGGCAAUUUCACCAUGGACGUGGUGGCUACCUGCGCUUACUUCAUAGGAAACGUCCCGAUAUUAUCGAUUAGCGAUUUGUCCUUGGUAAAACGAAUACUAAUUACCGAUUUCCAUGUGUUCAGCGAGCGAUCAACACGAAUAACAGUAACAUGCGCAUUCGUUAUGAAAGCCAUAUGGGGCAGGGUCCAAUACGACAAAUCUAGGAUACUAUUAAGCCCCGGACACACCGGGGCUAAGUUUCGUCAAAUAUACACCCACUUGUCGGCGAUGGUGGACAACGAGAGUGUGCCCUCUGAGUCGUCGUACGACAGCGCGUCUAUUGAUAAGCCGCGAUCGGUAGCGGUGGUAGACGUCGCCCGUCUAUUGCAAGCGUUUUCUUGCAACGUCUACCCCGCGUGCGGCCUAUCGAUCGACGUGCGACCGUACGACGAGCCCGAGAACAGGCUGUCCGCCCACUUGUGCCGAUUCCUGCAGAUCGAUAUCCGCAAAAAUUUGGUGUCCGUAGGGUUGCCCGAGUUCGCCACCAAUUGGCCGACAAUAGGCGACUAUCGCGUUAUGACUAAUCUUAUCGAUGUGUUCCGUAAAUAUAUACCUGAGCGGCGGCGGGGCGGCGUUUUGGGCGAGUCCGGAUAUAAAUGCUUUAUCUUUUCGGAAUUAGCCCUUUUGGACCCUGCUCCUUCUAUAGGUAUACCAGUUUAUACGAGCACCGAACUGUUGGCCAUGGCGUUUGCCUUUUCGACCGCUGGCAUUGCAGGCACCGCAUGUACCCUAACCGCCUGCAUCUUCGAGUUGAUCCUAAACCUACGAUGCGCAUACAUUGUGAUCCGGGCCACAUUAACAGUGACAAACAGUGACUAUUAUAACAUUAUGUGGCCCCAAAUGGCUCCAGUGUGCAGAGUAGUCCUAAACCCUGCGACUCAGCGCCGCCUAUACAGCGAAAUAGUGGGUCCCAAUAAUGACGGCUCGUACGAGGCGUGCGAGCGUUUGCCGUAUUUGGAUGCCGUCGUGUCGGAGACCCUGCGCCUACAUUCACCUAUUGUUCCAUUACUGCGAGCGAUACUGGCAUUACCAUACCAGAGGGUCAACACAUCGAGAUCCCGGUUCACGCCAUACACCAUUCAGGUGGAGUACUACAGCGAACCCUACAAAUUUAACCCGGACAGAUUUAUGCCCGAAAACGCCCCUACGCUCGUGCCGUACGCGUACCUACCGUUUGGGGCCGGGCGUCGUAGUUGUAUCGGCACGCGGUUCGGCCUAUUCGUGAUUAAGCGCGUAUUUGUGUCACCUGAUCGCACGCUACCGCUUCCAUAG